AUGUUCGGCGCAUUCAAACCUUCACAGCCCCUCCUCGGCGGUCUCCUCUGGAAAAUCCCAUGGCGCAUGUCAGCCCCGCAGAAAUAUCGCCACCGGCAACGCAUGCGACGAGUCGACCGGAUCGUGGAUUGUGUCGACAACGCACUGAAGAAGCAGGGUGUCACCAUUGAGGCGGUGGAACGAUGGAAGGCUGAGAUGCCGACCGAGGCCGAGAUGGAGCCCAAGGACAAGUACACAAUCUUUGCGCGCAAUGAGCGAGGGUACCGGAAGGGGUUGCACAAGGUACCAAAAUGGACGAGGGUCAGCCAGCGGGUCAAUCCCCCGGGUUUCUAG